UGCUCUCAUUCGGGACUUCUGCUGAGUUCGUGCAAGAUGACGACAGAAAAACGGGAGACGACGUUCACUGAUAAUGUUUAUGAGGCUGGAGAGGGAAUUGAGGAAGAAGACGUCUAUGUUAAUGCAGAACAUAACACUGGGGAUAAAACACCUGCAACUUCAGAUAAAAGGUUUCGGCCUUUUAUACCAGUGGCAGUGGGUUGGGUGAUACUGUUGGUAAUCAUGGUUCUCCGUAUCCACUUUACCUCUGUCAUCUCCACCAAACUGAGCAACGAGAUUAAAAGUUCAGACCAAGCCAAUCGACACCUUUCUGCGGUCAUCAAAGCCAAAGAAAACUUCAGUAGUCUGACAGAUCAACUGAAGGAAGAAAACCAGCAGCUGAAGGAAGAAAACCAGCAAGUGAAGGCAAAAAACCAACAGAUGAAGGAAGAAAACCAGAAGGUGAAGGCAGAAAACCAGCAGCUCAGGGCAGGAAAUGAAAAUACUACCACUACUUCCCCAUUACGGAUUAGGGCAACACCAACCUGGAUGACAUGGAUAGAAACAACCUCACCUUGGUGGAAUCAGACUGAGUGGAGGUCAUACUACUACAAGAGAAAAAAGAGACAGACUGAACCUUGUCAGUCAGGUUGGUUUCACUUCCAGGACAGCUGCUAUGCGAUCUGGAGCAACACAAGCAGCAGCUGGGAAGAAGCUCGAGACGACUGCAGAGGCAAGACGGCAGAUUUGGUUGUUAUAGAAAGUCCAGAGGAGCAGGAGUUCAUCAGUUACAUCACUCAGACCGGUUUGAGGAUCAGCAGCUACUGGAUCAGCCUCAGAGCUGAAGCUGACGGCUGGCAGUUGGUUAAUGGAAGUGAUCUGACGAAAGACUCCUUGAUGCAACAUCCUGCUGACGGCCAUCGUUGUGCCAUUUUUGCCCAAGAGAGCGAUGGAUGGAAAGCUGUGAGCUGCGAGUUAAAAUAUGGAUGGAUCUGUGAGAAGAAAGCUUCAAGUGAUUAA